CCUGUCUUUAUAUAAAGAAAGUUUGGAAGCAGUUUCGGUCAGAAUCACUGUCAACACGCAGCGUGUUCUUUAGAGAGCUUCACCUAUAGUUGUUUUUUACACGCAUAGAAAUAUAUACAUAUAGACGCACAUAUAUAAUAUAAAGAUAUAUAUAUAUAUUUAUAUAUACACAUAUAUUAAGAGAAGAAAAGCCGGCUGUGAAGCAAUCUCUCAAAAUCGUCAUAGUUCAUUCAUAUGUACACGAACAUAGCUACUAAAGUGCAUCACAACUGAUAAUAAUAAUAAUAUAAUAAUAAUAAUAAUAAUAAUAAUAAUAAUAAUAAUAAUAAUAAUAAUAAUAAUAAUAAUCAUUAUUAUUAUUAUUAUUACAUAAUUAUCAUUGCUGUUGCUAUUCUUUGUACUUGCUGGGAUUAUUUUUUUUUGCUUUUAGUAAUUUAUAUAUUGUUAGACACGAAAACAAGAACGAUCUCCAACAGAAAUAGAUACAUCUAUAUAACCGUACAUACAUACAUACAUACAUACAUACAUACAUACAUACAUACAUACAUACAUACAUACAUACAUACAUACAUACAUACAUACAUAUACACGUACACACGCAUAUAUAUACACAUUGAUAUAUUACAUAUUAUAGACUGUGUUACCUUGAGAUAUCAAGCGAUUGCUUAUUUAUUGUCGACGACAGCAAAUAACGGACAAGACGAUAAAGAUGAAUAACAGAAGGGUUCCAACCAUGUUCGCUUAUUGUUAUAUUUCUUUGAUAUUGCUCACAGUAUUAACGGCAAAAAUUACAUUUGCGAUUACAUCCAACAUUUGCGAGUUAUCUUCGAAUCAAAUUUUGCUGCUAAAUGUCACCGUGGGUGAGAGUCAAGAUUUAGACAAAGUGAAAUUUGAAUUCCCAGUAAAUGAUCCCAGUAAUUUUGAUGCACAUAUAUUCAUAUGUUUAAACGAAAAUAAACAGUCUUCAUCGCAGCCGUGUCUCUGGCAAGAACUGAGGAAAACGGAAGUGACUCCCAAAGCGUCGUCUCUAGUAGUUGUUGUAGAAAGUGACGAAAAUGGUGAUUGCUCCAACGAUUGCCUCGUGAAGUGGGUAUUAAAGCAAAGAAACGGUAAUGUGGAGGAAUACGGUGGUUGCAAGCGAGUCAGUUCAUUCGAAUUCACGGCCUCAUUCAGUGGUCAUAGCCCAAUACCAACAAGUUCUACUACUACUACUACACCAGACUUGACAACUAUAAUCACCUCAAGAGCAACUACCAACACAUCUCCAAACGAUUGUAAUCCCGUAGGAAUAUAUAAAACAGUCCCUGGGAUGAAACAAUGGUGUAUUAAUAACUGCGGCGCCGGCUAUUGUCCGUCCACACACUGUAAGUGUGGGGGCAAUGACAACGCCAAUACUUUGACUUGUGAAGUAACAAAGGUUUACGAAAAAGUUCCAGGAAUGAAACAGUGGUGCCUGACAAACUGCCUCGCCAACCAUUGCCCAUCGACGCACUGCAUAUGUAGCAGAGGUUCAACACUUUGAUAACGUGCAACGUGAUAAACUCUGACAAAACUGUUCCUAGAAUGAUUAAUUGUUACUGAACCAUCAAUUCCUUUAAAAUAUCUAUAUUAUAUUUUUCUUUCAGAAACUACAUAUAUGCAUACACAUUUCUAUGUUAUUGACAGUGUGAUACUAAAAAAACAUAAUUACUAUAUAUUUUUUUCUAAUCAUGGGUUAAUGUAAAUUAUUGAAUCUUUAAUUAUUUUGUAAAUAUUCCAUUUACACGAAGAACAUUCGAUUCCCUUGAUUGAAGCCGUCCAUCUUCCUUUUGUUUUGGGAAGAAAACAUUUUUAUUUCUGAAAUUAUUUUAAUAGUAUUAUAUAAAAAAAAUAUUGCUGUUGGUUAAAACGGCUAAAUGUCUGAAAUGAGAUGUUGUUUGGGUUAUAAGACCUGAUUAUAGUUUUAUCGAGUGAAGGUACCUGACCUAGUGGUUAGUGGGGUGGGGUGAUUAAGGAUCGUAAGUUCGUGGGUUCGAUUCCUGAACAAUCGGACAGCGCGUUGAAACAGGGACUGCAUUUCGCGUUGCUCCAGUCUGUUCGACUAUAAAUGAAUACGAACCACGUGCUGAUGCAACUCUCUCCCACGUUCUACAUUCUCCCCUGCUACAUUCUAGAUGUGCCGCUGAACCAAAGGCAUAAGAGCCAUGAGGCAUGCGACUACACAAGCUUUG